AUGAGAUCACAAUUCAAAGACGAGCACCCCUUUGAAAAGAGACAAGCAGAAGCUGCUAGAAUCGCACAGAGGUUCAAGGAUAGAGUUCCUGUCAUUUGCGAAAAGGUUGAAAACUCUGAUAUUCCUGAAAUUGAUAAACGCAAGUAUUUGGUUCCCGUUGACUUGACGGUUGGCCAGUUUGUUUAUGUUAUCAGAAAGAGAAUCAAGUUACCUAGCGAAAAGGCUAUUUUCAUAUUUGUCAAUGAUAUCUUACCCCCAACAGCUGCCUUGAUUAGUACGAUUUAUGAAGAACACAAGGAUGAAGAUGGUUUCUUGUAUGUGUUAUACUCAGGAGAGAACACCUUUGGAGAAAAGGUGUCCAUCAACUUGGAUGAAUUGGACUUCAGUGAUCUUCCGGAAGAUCUUUAG